AUGGGGAACGAGAGAGAUGGGGUAUCCCGGCGUGAUUUAUGGCCUUGGCGCAGAAGCGAUCCGGUGAGCUGCAGUGUGGAGACACACAGUGAGGAGACACGCAGUGUGGAGACACGCAGUGAGGAGACACACAGUGAGGAGACACGCAGUGAGGAGACGAGCAGUGUGGAGACGCGCAGUGAGGAGACACACAGUGAGGAGACACGCAGUGAGGAGACACGCAGUGAGGUGACACGCAGUGAGGAGACACGCAGUGUGGAGACACGCAGUGAGGAGACGCGCAGUGAGGAGACACGCAGUGUGGAGACACACAGUGUGGAGACACGCAGUGAGGAGACACGCAGUGAGGUGACACGCAGUGAGGAGACACGCAGUGAGGAGACACGCAGUGAGGUGACACGCAGUGAGGAGACACGCAGUGUGGAGACACGCAGUGAGGAGACGCGCAGUGAGGAGACGAGCAGUGAGGAGACGAGCAGUGUGGAGACGCGCAGUGAGGAGACACGCAGUGAGGAGACACGCAGUGAGGUGACACGCAGUGAGGAGACACGCAGUGUGGAGACACGCAGUGAGGAGACACACAGUGAGGAGACACGCAGUGAGGAGACGAGCAGUGUGGAGACGCGCAGUGAGGAGACACACAGUGAGGAGACACGCAGUGAGGAGACAUGCAGUGAGGUGACACGCAGUGAGGAGACACGCAGUGAGGAGACAUGCAGUGAGGUGACACGCAGUGAGGAGACACGCAGUGAGGAGACGAGCAGUGUGGAGACACGCAGUGAGGAGACACGCAGUGAGGUGACACGCAGUGAGGAGACACGCAGUGUGGAGACACGCAGUGAGGAGACACACAGUGAGGAGACACGCAGUGAGGAGACGAGCAGUGUGGAGACGCGCAGUGAGGAGACACGCAGUGAGGAGACACGCAGUGAGGAGACACGCAGUGAGGUGACACGCAGUGAGGAGACACGCAGUGUGGAGACACGCAGUGAGGAGACGCGCAGUGAGGAGACGCGCAGUGUGGAGACACGCAGUGUGGAGACACGCAGUGAGGAGACACGCAGUGAGGAGACACGCAGUGAGGAGACGCGCAGUGAGGUGACGCGCAGUGAGGAGACGCGCAGUGUGGAGACGCGCAGUGAGGAGACGCGCAGUGAGGAGACACGCAGUGUGGAGACACGCAGUGUGGAGACACGCAGUGAGGAGACACGCAGUGAGGUGACACGCAGUGAGGAGACACGCAGUGUGGAGACACGCAGUGAAGAGACACGCAGUGAGGAGACACGCAGUGAGGUGACACGCAGUGAGGAGACACACAGUGAGGUGACACACAGUGAGGUGACACACAGUGAGAUGACACGCAGUGUGGAGACAGAGAGGCCAGGCGCUCACCCUGGUCUUAGUUAG